AUGGGCGACGAUGCUCCUAUUCGAUUACCUUCGAGCCCAGUGGCUCCAGAAACGAGUCCUCCAUUAAGACUUGACGAGCCCAGAUGUUUUAGUUCACCUUUUUUGGAAAAAGACGUUUCCGUGGUAGAUAAGCUGCAACAAGAGCGUCAGCGGCAACACGGGCGUUUCAAACAGCCAUUUUCAUCGCCGCUGAGGGGCGAUCAGUUGAAUUUGAAUACUCGGUGGCUGAAUCCGCGAGAUCGACGUAGAAGCUGGCAAGCCCAUCGACAGCAUCAAAUACGCGAAACGCGCAGUUUACAGGCUCGAGGAGGAGCAGCGCGUAUGGAACACGACGUGAUGACGCUUGAGCGUAAUGCAGAGCAACUACAAUUGGCCACACAGGCGCAAUGGUAUCAGAUGGAUCCCGACGAGAUUGAAGAUUACGAUACCUCGGAAUCCGACGAUGAUGAGCUAGUAGCUAUUUUGCAAGAGAGGGAGGAUUACGAAACGCAAUUGCGAUUGGAAGAGGAGCUUUUGGAGUAUGCAAUGGGCCAGUUCAAUCUGAAUGAUAAUGAUGAUGAUGAUAAUGAUGAUGGUAAUGGUGGUAAUGGAGGAUGA